GAUAGCUUUAAGUCUGCGGCUGGGUCACGCCUACGCUAAACCGACUGUAAUCCUCACUGGACACAACAGAGUCCUCUGCGGGCGUUUUCUUCACUUUUCCAAGUUUCUUUUUUUCCUCCCCAAACACAAACCGGAAAUGGACAAUUCUGGGAAGGAGAAGGAGGCGAUUCAGCUAAUGGCGGAUGCUGACAAAAAAGUCAAAUCUUCUGGUUCCUUCCUGGGCGGGAUGUUUGGAGGAGGACCACACAAAGUGGAGGAGGCGUGUGAGAUGUACUGCAGGGCUGCUAACAUGUUCAAGAUGGCCAAGAACUGGAGCGCUGCCGGGAGCGCCUUCUGCAAGGCCGCGCGUCUCCACAUGCAGAUGCAGAACAAACACGACUGCGCCACCAGUUUCAUCGACGCAGGAAACGCCUACAAGAAGUCUGACCCCAACGAGGCAAUCAAGUGUUUAAAUGCUGCCGUGGAUAUUUACACAGACAUGGGAAGAUUCACCAUCGCCGCCAAACACCACAUCAGCAUCGCAGAGAUCUACGAGUCUGAGCUGGUCGACAUCGAAAAGGCUAUUGCACAUUAUGAACAAGCAGCAGACUACUACAAAGGAGAAGAAUCAAACAGCUCUGCUAACAAGUGUCUGCUGAAGGUUGGAGCUUACUGCGCUCAGCUGGAGCAGUACCAGAAAGCCAUCGAGAUCUACGAGCAGGUCGGAGCGACCACGAUGGACAACCCGCUGCUGAAAUACAGCGCCAAAGAAUACUUCUUCAAAGCCUCCCUCUGCCAUUUCAUCGUCGAUGAGCUCAAUGCAAAGAUCGCUGUUGAGAAGUACGAGGAGAUGUUUCCGGCUUUUUCCGACUCCAGAGAAUGCAAACUGCUGAAGAAGCUUCUGGAGGCUCACGAGGAACAGAACAGCGAGGCGUUCACUGAGGCGGUGAAGGAGUUUGACUCCAUUUCCCGUCUGGAUCAGUGGCACACCACUCUUUUGUUGCGCAUCAAAAAGACCAUCCAGGGCGACGAAGGCGAUCUGAAGUAACGAGAAGAGUCGAGGCGGGGGAAGCGGCAUGAAGGGAACACGCCAUCAUGCAUGCUUUUACACACACACACACAUGCAGAGUUUAUUACACGAGCUACACACUGAUCUUAAUUUGCAUUGGAGUGUUUGUUGGGAGCGUAAAUCCUCUGGCCCUCACCUCUGAUCAGGGGGUUGCUGCAGAUUCUUAUGUUGUGGACUGAACUAGCAGGAGCUGCAUGUUUUUUACGGUUGAUUCUUAGAUCGGCCGGCGUUAAUUCCAACGUAGUGUUCUCUUUUUUCUUUUCUUUUCAGAACCAGACGUUUUUUUUUCUUAGAGCUAAAUAAUUGACAGAAGCAAUCAAGAAUUUUGAUUUUUUUUAUGCAUCGAUUUCACUUUUCUCAGAAAAGGGCAAUGCUAUGUAGACUGUUAAAUAUUUGUAUUCAUACACGCUGUCUUGAUUUGACUGCUGUUCCGCUCCUCCUUUAGUAAGGUUCUUAAUGCUUGCAUGUGCAAGCGGCAAUCUCUGACCGUGUUCCUUUGUAUGAUGUGGAGCUCCUUCCUGUCCUCUUGGAGUGUGGUGUGCAUUAUUACUCUCAUUUUGUGUUGUGGGUGUGUCACUGAAGGGCCAUUUCUGCACCGCACCUUUUAAAACGGCCAGUUACCGAUCAUGUGUGUCGUUCCGUGUUGUGUUCAUGCACUAGUUUUAGACCAAAGUUCCAGUUCUUUCCUGCUGCACAGACAGCAGGCUGUGGAUCUGUAUGCUUUUUCCCAGGUCAUCACUAAUAAAAGUAUUAUACCCAGAA